UACUGCUAUAGCUGACACAUAUCGUUGUUAUCUGACUCAAAGUUAUGGACUUUCUUACUACUAUUCUCGAAUCCCAAUUAUUUAUUAAACCCAUACAACAUGCCAUUCAUUUAUUGUUUUCACCUUCUUGAUUCUUAGAAUUUAGUCGGUGCUUGUUUUUUUUUUCUCUUUGUUAGUGUUCAAGUUAAACUCUAUAUGGAAAGUGUCUGAAAUGUUUGGUUAGGGGUACUUUGAUUUUAUUUUUAUUUUUUCAUGUUGUUUCCUAGGAACUUUUGGACAUUGAUUUGGUUGGUAUGAUAAAAAUUGAAUCUUGAAGUGAAAUUCUUGUUUUUUCUUUGACUUAUAUUGAGAUAUUCAGUUUGAUUUAGUCACUGUUUGAACUCUACUUGUUCAUACUUUCUCUAGUUAAUUCUUGAUUCCAUCUUACUUCCACUGAAUUUUGUGAAUAAUUUUCUUCAUAUUAGUUGUUUUCAAUUUGUGUAUUGGUUCUUGAUAAUAUUUCAUACAAUAUGGACAUAAGUAAUGAGGCUAGUAUUGACUUCUUUUCAAUUGGACCUUCUUCAAUUGUGGGUCGAACAAUAGCCUUUAGAGUCUUGUUCUGCAAAUCAAUCUCAAGGUUAAGGCAUAAAAUUUUUCAUUUCUUGAUAUAUUACUUGAACAAGAUUAGAAACUAUUUUUCAUACUACUUGACACCUUUGAUUAAAUGGUUGCACCCUCGUAACCCACAAGGUAUAUUGGCAUUAGUAACACUUCUUGCCUUCUUGUUGAGGCGAUAUACGAAUGUUAAAAUCAGAGCUGAUAUGGCUAAUAGGAGGAAAUUUUGGAGGAAUAUGAUGAGAUCUGCCUUAACUUAUGAGGAGUGGGCUCAUGCUGCUAAAAUGCUAGAAAAAGAGGCACCUAAAUUGAAUGAGGCUGAAUUUUAUGAUGAAGAACUAGUUAUAAAUAAACUUCAAGAACUUCAACAUCGUCGUCAAGAAGGAUCUUUAAGAGAUAUUAUGUUCUUUAUGAGAGCUGAUCUUGUGAGAAAUCUAGGUAAUAUGUGCAAUCCAGAACUUCUUAAGGGUAGACUUCAUGUGCCUAAACUUAUUAAAGAGUAUAUAGAUGAGGUUUCAACUCAGUUGAAAAUGGUAUGUGACUCUGAUUCAGAUGAGCUUUUAUUGGAAGAGAAGCUUGCUUUUAUGCAUGAAACUAGGCAUGCCUUUGGUAGGACAGCUUUACUUUUAAGUGGGGGUGCUUCUUUAGGAGCUUUUCAUGUAGGUGUGGUGAAGACAUUGGUAGAGCACAAGCUUAUGCCUAGGAUAAUUGCUGGUUCAAGUGUUGGUUCAAUUAUGUGUUCUGUCGUUGCGACUCGGUCUUGGCCUGAGCUACAGAGUUUUUUUGAGGAUUCAUGGCACUCAUUGCAACCAUUUGAACAGAUGGGUGGAAUUUUUACAGUUUUCAGGAGGGUCAUGAGACAAGGUGCUGUACAUGAGAUAAGGCAGUUGCAGGUGAUGUUACGCCAUCUCACGAAUAAUCUUACGUUCCAAGAAGCAUACGACAUGACUGGUCGAGUUUUAGGGAUUACGGUUUGCUCCCCUAGAAAACAUGAGCCUCCUAGAUGUUUGAAUUACUUGACUUCACCUCAUGUUGUUAUAUGGAGUGCUGUGACUGCUUCUUGCGCGUUUCCUGGUCUGUUUGAAGCUCAAGAACUUAUGGCAAAGGAUAGAAGUGGAAAUCUUGUUCCGUAUCACCCGCCAUUUCAUUUGGACCCUGAUGAGGCUUCUGGUGCAGCUGCUCGUCGGUGGAGGGAUGGUAGCUUGGAGAUUGAUUUGCCAAUGAUGCAGCUAAAAGAGCUCUUCAAUGUAAAUCACUUCAUUGUCAGUCAGGCGAAUCCACAUAUCGCUCCCUUACUGAGGAUCAAAGAGUUUGUAAGAGCUUGUGGAGGCAACUUUGCUGCCAAGCUUGCUCAUCUUACUGAGAUGGAGGUGAAGCACAGAUGUAAUCAGGUAUUGGAACUUGGUUUUCCCUUGGGGGGAUUAGCCAAGCUAUUUGCUCAAGAUUGGGAGGGUCACGUCACCGUUGUAAUGCCUGCCACUCUUGCUCAGUACUCGAAACUCAUACAAAACCCCUCUACUUUGGAGGUUCAAAAAGCAGCAAACCAAGGGAGGAGGUGCACUUGGGAGAAAUUAUCCGCUAUUAAGGCAAAUUGUGGAAUUGAGCUUGUUCUUGAUGAGUGUGUUGCUAUACUCAACCACAUGCGCAGACUAAAAAGGAGUGCCGAGAGAGCAGCUGCUUCUUCACAUGGCUUGUCAAGCAGUACUGUCAGGCUUAAUGCUUCUCGACGAAUUCCUUCUUGGAAUUGCAUCGCACGAGAGAAUUCAACAGGCUCCCUCGAAGACUUUCAUGCAGAGGUUGCUUCCCCUCAUCAUCAGGGAGGCAGCGGUUCUUUGGCUCAUGGUGGACGAAAUUGGCGUUCCCACCGGAAUGCACAUGAUCAUGGUAGUGACAGUGAGUCUGAAAGUACGGAUCACACUUCUUGGACAAGAUCCGGUGGUCCUUUGAUGAGGACAACAUCGGCUGAUAAGUUUAUCGACUAUGUCCAGAACUUGGAAAGUGGUUCACGAUCGAACAGAGGAUUGAGUAUUGACCUCAACAUUGUUGUUCCUCAUAUGUUGGGAGGCAGGGAGCCUCUAUCCCCAAGUCCAAGGGUAACAACCCCAGAUAGAAGAUCAGAUACAGAAUUUGAUCAAAGAGACAUCAGAAUUAUUGUAGCUGAAGGUGAUCUGUUACAGACUGAGAGGACUAACAAUGGAAUUGUCUUCAAUGUGGUAAGGAGAGGUGACUUGACUCCAUCAAACAGGAGUCUUGAUUCAGAAAAUAACAGUUCCAGUUUGCAUGAUUCAGUGGCUGAGUGCGUACAACUCGAAAGUCCAGAAAAGGAUAUGGAUAUAAGCUCAGUAUCAGAAGAUGGAGAAAAUGAUCAGAAAGAUACUGUAGAGGAAGUAACAGAUAAUCAGAUUACACGAGAUAGGACGAACUGAAGGCUUACGAAGAGCGAUGAAGCUGAUGCAGAGAAGGGAUCAAGGAGUGGGGAUACUACGGAAUAGUAUUAGCAAUUUGUUUUCUGAACACUAAAAGAGUUGCAGAAGUAGAGCAAGAAAUCUUAUGUUUUUGAAUAUCUGAAAUUAUGAAGAACAUAUUAGUAAAACUACAUCUUUUUUCUCAA